UAUCCAGGAUCAGUUAUCGAAAUUUCAGCAAGAUGAAGCUUGCUCUAAGUUUGAUCGUAAGUUCAUUGACGUUAACGUUUGCCUUUCCGUCCGAUCUAUUCUACAGCACAGCAGAUGCUAGCGCUACAGCAAGUGCAGCGAGCAACACGAAGGGUGGAUACGAUAAAUACAGUAGAUAUGGUGGAUACGGUAUUUCUUUUAGCGACGCCAAUGCACAUGCUGUGAGCAAUUCGUACGGACAUAAAGGGGAUGCUGCUACUUACAGUCAAGCAAACGCCGCCGCUAAUGCGUUAGCAACGACGCAGGAAAAAGGAAUAUCCUCUGCGCAAAGUGAAGCCAGUGCCAGCGCUUCUUCUACAAGCGGUGCAUAUGGAAAUUAUGGACAUGCACAUAACGCCGCACAAUCUGAAGCAAUCACUAAAACAAUAAACAAUGGACACGCACAAGCUGCAAGCAGUGCAAACGCAGCAACCGGGGUAUAUGGGAUACACAAAGGAAAUUUCAAUGCUAACGCGCAUAGUGCAGCAAAUGCUAAUGCCAUAAGUAUUGGCAAAAACGGAUACAGCGAAGCGGCUGCCCAUAGUAAAGCUAGUGCAGAGACGAAUAAUCAUUAUAGAUAUGGAUAUAAGAACGGAUACAACAAAUAUGGUUACGAUGGAAUAUAUGAUAGACAUAAGUAUCAUAAUUAUCAUAAUUAUCAUAAUUAUCAUAAUUACAAAUAUGGUAGAAAUCAUAAAUACAAAUUAUAUCCAUUGGAAAAGUCCGAAAAAAUAUAUAUUAUAAAAUCUCCAUAUACCGCAACUAAAAGAGUACCACCGUAUCAUAACUCCCCUUACAUAUCAGCCAUAGACGAUGCUGAUAAUAUAAAACACGGACUAAAAUGGAACGACGGAAUUAACAAAUACAAGGUAAACGGCCUCAAAACAUGGUAUAACAAGGACGAAAAAUAUAACAAAUACGGUUCAUACGAACUUGGCACUUCACAAGCAACAUCUAGCGCAACCGCUAUCGGAGGGACACACGAAAAGGGAGGUAAAGGUUCUGUAGCUGCAGCUACGUCGAGUGCCAAUGCGAUUGUUAGUGGAUCACAUGGACACGAAGUGGCAGGAGCUACAGCAAAUGCAGCAGCUAGCGCGAAUACUAUAAAUGGAUGGUACGGAGGCAAAGACAAAUCUUCACUCGCAGCUGCAUCUGCCACCUCGUCAGCUACAAGUCAAAUAUAUGGCCACAAAGGCGCAAGUGCGGCGGCACAAGCAGCAUCUAGCGCGACAGCUGUUGGAGGGACACAUGAAAAGGGAGGUAAAGGCUCUGUAGCUGCAGCUACGUCGAGUGCCAAUGCGAUUGUUAGUGGAUCACAUGGACACGAAGUGGCAGGAGCUACAGCAAAUGCAGCAGCUAGCGCGAAUACUAUAAAUGGAUGGUACGGAGGGAAAGACAAAUCUUCACUCGCAGCUGCAUCUGCCACCUCGUCAGCUACAAGUCAAAUACAUGACCACAAAGGCGCAAGUGCGGUGGCACAAGCAACAUCUAGCGCGACCGCUGUUGGGGGAACACACGAAAAAGGAGGUAAAGGUUCUGUAGCUGCAGCUACGUCGAGUGCCAAUGCGAUUGUUAGUGGAUCACAUGGACACGAAGUGGCAGGAGCUACAGCAAAUGCAGCAGCUAGCGCGAAUACUAUAAAUGGAUGGUACGGAGGGAAAGACAAAUCUUCACUCGCAGCUGCAUCUGCCACCUCGUCAGCUACAAGUCAAAUACAUGACCACAAAGGCGCAAGUGCGGUGGCACAAGCAACAUCUAGCGCGACCGCUGUUGGGGGAACACACGAAAAAGGAGGUAAAGGUUCUGUAGCUGCAGCUACGUCGAGUGCCAAUGCGAUUGUUAGUGGAUCACAUGGACACGAAGUGGCAGGAGCUACAGCAAAUGCAGCAGCUAGCGCGAAUACUAUAAAUGGAUGGUACGGAGGGAAAGACAAAUCUUCACUCGCAGCUGCAUCUGCCACCUCGUCAGCUACAAGUCAAAUACAUGACCACAAAGGCGCAAGUGCGGUGGCACAAGCAACAUCUAGCGCGACCGCUGUUGGGGGAACACACGAAAAAGGAGGUAAAGGUUCUGUAGCUGCAGCUACGUCGAGUGCCAAUGCGAUUGUUAGUGGAUCACAUGGACACGAAGUGGCAGGAGCUACAGCAAAUGCAGCAGCUAGCGCGAAUACUAUAAAUGGAUGGUACGGAGGGAAAGACAAAUCUUCACUCGCAGCUGCAUCUGCCACCUCGUCAGCUACAAGUCAAAUACAUGGCCACAAAGGCGCAAGUGCGGCGGCACAAGCAACAUCUAGCGCGACCGCUGUUGGGGGAACACACGAAAAAGGAGGUAAAGGUUCUGUAGCUGCAGCUACGUCGAGUGCCAAUGCGAUUGUUAGUGGAUCACAUGGACACGAAGUGGCAGGAGCUACAGCAAAUGCAGCAGCUAGCGCGAAUACUAUAAAUGGAUGGUACGGAGGGAAAGACAAAUCUUCACUCGCAGCUGCAUCUGCCACCUCGUCAGCUACAAGUCAAAUACAUGGCCACAAAGGCGCAAGUGCGGCGGCACAAGCAACAUCUAGCGCGACCGCUGUUGGGGGAACACACGAAAAAGGAGGUAAAGGUUCUGUAGCUGCAGCUACGUCGAGUGCCAAUGCGAUUGUUAGUGGAUCACAUGGACACGAAGUGGCAGGAGCUACAGCAAAUGCAGCAGCUAGCGCGAAUACUAUAAAUGGAUGGUACGGAGGGAAAGACAAAUCUUCACUCGCAGCUGCAUCUGCCACCUCGUCAGCUACAAGUCAAAUACAUGGCCACAAAGGCGCAAGUGCGGCGGCACAAGCAACAUCUAGCGCGACCGCUGUUGGGGGAACACACGAAAAAGGAGGUAAAGGUUCUGUAGCUGCAGCUACGUCGAGUGCCAAUGCGAUUGUUAGUGGAUCACAUGGACACGAAGUGGCAGGAGCUACAGCAAAUGCAGCAGCUAGCGCGAAUACUAUAAAUGGAUGGUACGGAGGGAAAGACAAAUCUUCACUCGCAGCUGCAUCUGCCACCUCGUCAGCUACAAGUCAAAUACAUGGCCACAAAGGCGCAAGUGCGGCGGCACAAGCAACAUCUAGCGCGACCGCUGUUGGGGGAACACACGAAAAAGGAGGUAAAGGUUCUGUAGCUGCAGCUACGUCGAGUGCCAAUGCGAUUGUUAGUGGAUCACAUGGACACGAAGUGGCAGGAGCUACAGCAAAUGCAGCAGCUAGCGCGAAUACUAUAAAUGGAUGGUACGGAGGGAAAGACAAAUCUUCACUCGCAGCUGCAUCUGCCACCUCGUCAGCUACAAGUCAAAUACAUGGCCACAAAGGCGCAAGUGCGGCGGCACAAGCAACAUCUAGCGCGACCGCUGUUGGGGGAACACACGAAAAAGGAGGUAAAGGUUCUGUAGCUGCAGCUACGUCGAGUGCCAAUGCGAUUGUUAGUGGAUCACAUGGACACGAAGUGGCAGGAGCUACAGCAAAUGCAGCAGCUAGCGCGAAUACUAUAAAUGGAUGGUACGGAGGGAAAGACAAAUCUUCACUCGCAGCUGCAUCUGCCACCUCGUCAGCUACAAGUCAAAUACAUGGCCACAAAGGCGCAAGUGCGGCGGCACAAGCAACAUCUAGCGCGACCGCUGUUGGGGGAACACACGAAAAAGGAGGUAAAGGUUCUGUAGCUGCAGCUACGUCGAGUGCCAAUGCGAUUGUUAGUGGAUCACAUGGACACGAAGUGGCAGGAGCUACAGCAAAUGCAGCAGCUAGCGCGAAUACUAUAAAUGGAUGGUACGGAGGGAAAGACAAAUCUUCACUCGCAGCUGCAUCUGCCACCUCGUCAGCUACAAGUCAAAUAUACGGCCACAAAGGCGCAAGUGCGGCGGCACAAGCAGCAUCUAGCGCGACAGCUGUUGGAGGGACACAUGAAAAGGGAGGUAAAGGCUCUGUAGCUGCAGCUACGUCGAGUGCCAAUGCGAUUGUUAGUGGAUCACAUGGACACGAAGUGGCAGGAGCUACAGCAAAUGCAGCAGCUAGCGCGAAUACUAUAAAUGGAUGGUACGGAGGGAAAGACAAAUCUUCACUCGCAGCUGCAUCUGCCACCUCGUCAGCUACAAGUCAAAUACAUGGCCACAAAGGCGCAAGUGCGGCGGCACAAGCAACAUCUAGCGCGACCGCUGUUGGGGGAACACACGAAAAAGGAGGUAAAGGUUCUGUAGCUGCAGCUACGUCGAGUGCCAAUGCGAUUGUUAGUGGAUCACAUGGACACGAAGUGGCAGGAGCUACAGCAAAUGCAGCAGCUAGCGCGAAUACUAUAAAUGGAUGGUACGGAGGGAAAGACAAAUCUUCACUCGCAGCUGCAUCUGCCACCUCGUCAGCUACAAGUCAAAUACAUGGCCACAAAGGCGCAAGUGCGGCGGCACAAGCAACAUCUAGCGCGACCGCUGUUGGGGGAACACACGAAAAAGGAGGUAAAGGUUCUGUAGCUGCAGCUACGUCGAGUGCCAAUGCGAUUGUUAGUGGAUCACAUGGACACGAAGUGGCAGGAGCUACAGCAAAUGCAGCAGCUAGCGCGAAUACUAUAAAUGGAUGGUACGGAGGGAAAGACAAAUCUUCACUCGCAGCUGCAUCUGCCACCUCGUCAGCUACAAGUCAAAUACAUGACCACAAAGGCGCAAGUGCGGUGGCACAAGCAACAUCUAGCGCGACCGCUGUUGGGGGAACACACGAAAAAGGAGGUAAAGGUUCUGUAGCUGCAGCUACGUCGAGUGCCAAUGCGAUUGUUAGUGGAUCACAUGGACACGAAGUGGCAGGAGCUACAGCAAAUGCAGCAGCUAGCGCGAAUACUAUAAAUGGAUGGUACGGAGGGAAAGACAAAUCUUCACUCGCAGCUGCAUCUGCCACCUCGUCAGCUACAAGUCAAAUACAUGGCCACAAAGGCGCAAGUGCGGCGGCACAAGCAACAUCUAGCGCGACCGCUGUUGGGGGAACACACGAAAAAGGAGGUAAAGGUUCUGUAGCUGCAGCUACGUCGAGUGCCAAUGCGAUUGUUAGUGGAUCACAUGGACACGAAGUGGCAGGAGCUACAGCAAAUGCAGCAGCUAGCGCGAAUACUAUAAAUGGAUGGUACGGAGGGAAAGACAAAUCUUCACUCGCAGCUGCAUCUGCCACCUCGUCAGCUACAAGUCAAAUAUACGGCCACAAAGGCGCAACUGCGGCGGCACAAGCAGCAUCUAGCGCGACCGCUGUUGGGGAAACACACGAAAAGGGAGGUAAAGGCUCUGUAGCUGCAGCUACGUCGAGUUCCAAUGCGAUUGUAAGUGGAUCACAUGGAAACGAAGUGGCAGGAGCUGCAGCAAAUGCAGUAGCUAGCGCGAAUACAUUAAAUGGAUGGUACGGAGGGAAAGACAAAUCUUCACUCGCAGCUGCAUCUGCCAUUUCGUCAGCUACAAGUCAAAUACACGGCCACAAAGGCGCAAGUGCGGCGGCACAAGCAGCAUCUAGCGCGACCGCUGUUGGGGAAACACACGAAAAGGGAGGUAAAGGCUCUGUAGCUGCAGCUACGUCGAGUUCCAAUGCGAUUGUAAGUGGAUCACAUGGAAACGAAGUGGCAGGAGCUGCAGCAAAUGCAGUAGCUAGCGCGAAUACAUUAAAUGGAUGGUACGGAGGGAAAGACAAAUCUUCACUCGCAGCUGCAUCUGCCAUCUCGUCAGCUACAAGUCAAAUACACGGCCACAAAGGCGCAAGUGCGGCGGCACAAGCAGCAUCUAGCGCUAGCGCUUUUGGAGGGGCAUGCGGAAUGAACGGUGAAGCUGGAGCUACAUCCAGUGCAAAUGCAUUUACUAGUGGAUGCGGAAAGAAAGAAUUGGGCACUGCUAAUAGUCAGGCAAUUGCAAAUAUAUUAAGUUCUUCAUAUGUUCGGAGGAAAAGAAGAGGAAUCAGUGAGACUUUGGCUGCAGCUGGGAGCAGUGCGUUUGCUAUGACUGAAGAACAGAAGGGACUUGUUCAAAAUAUAGCUGACAGUACAUCCAAUGCUGUAAUUAUGAAAAAGGGACAUUGAAUUUUGUAAUGUUUGUAAUUGUCUUUUAUAUCAUAAUAGUUUGCUGUUUUUAAAACCUAUUAUUUUCUAUUAGGUAUAGUUUUUUGUUUGGUGGAUGGUAGUUAAAUUAGACGCGUACUGUAGAAUAACCCAUUAUCGAAUAUGUCUUCUUAUUGAAUAACCCAUUGGCUGAAUAUGUCUACGCUAUUGUAACUAAUUUUAAUGCAAUUUUCAAACAUUUAAUAUUAUAUCGUUAAGGAGAAUUGCUGUACAAAAAUAGCAUUAUGCAUUUAAAGACAAAGUAAGCUAACGGAUUCUAUAUAUUAUUGAUAUUUUCCAAAAUUUUGGUUUUUUCGAUAAACAUUACUAUUUAAUAAAUAAUAACAACAAAUCUGCUUUAAUAAUAUAAUUCAAUUGGCUCGUUAUUUCCAAACUCAUACGUAUUACAUCUCUGUUGUUUAAGCUACUUUUUUCUUUAACCAUAAACGUCUGUAUAGCUUGUUGCUUACUUAUAGUUAGCUUACGUUGAUACUAGCAACAACGGAUACAUUUGAUUUCCAUUAUUUUACAUUAGUUCAGAAAGAUAUUAUUCAACUAUAUAUGGUUUUUGCAUCAUGUCUGUAUAUAUUUAUUAUCAACUUUAUAAUUUUGUUAUUUACGUAGCACUAAAUGUGUAUGCGAAACUUGCCUGAUUCACUAAACACGCGUGCUGUAUAGAGCACAUUUUACACUUAAAAAUGUAAAUGUGUUGAAUUUAAAAAUCUUACAAUCGCUGAAAUUUACCAUAUUACGCUGCUUUAGAUGUUCAUCAUAUGUUGUGCACAGACUAGUAAAUUAUUAUCGCGGUUAUUUAUAUUCGCUAAAGAAAUUUAGCAUUAUUAAAUUACCACAAUAACACGAAUUCUCGUUAAUAAUAAUAUGUAACACGGUAUUCGCUUGUAUAUUUUGCUACAAAUCGUAUUAUGUCACAUGAAGAACCGAAAAAAUGGUUCUGUUCUAGGUAGUCUUAUAUUUAUCUUUGUAAAGUAUUGCUGCGCGCAUCGAUAACGUGUUAUUAAAUAAAUUUCGAUAGCUUUUUA